CUCGGGGAAAGAAACCACCAACAGCCUACCGCCGAGGGGACGGCCAGGGCCAACAGUAAGCCCAGUCAAAGGCUCGCCAGGUUGGCGAGCUGCGUACAACGUUGACUUCGCGGCCAACUGGCAUGAGUGAGUCAUGGUGUGUCAUUUGGAUUGGGUCGUGAGAGAUGACGGUUUCAACGGCCUGGAACGGAGCCCACAAACGCGAUUUCCCUCCCGGGGUCAUGGGAGCUUGAUAUGGGCCCUUUCAGGCUACCUACUACGUACUAUUUGUUGUUGGCAGAGGGCCCUCUCGUUACUCCGUACGCUGAUUGCCAUCCUACCGGAGCUGAAGUAUACUUUCUGCCAUCCGAGCCAUCAAAUUGUCUGUUACAGGGGCAACGCAUUCAUUCUUUUAGUGUAGCCAAGCGUCCGGUGCUCACAGGGAUCUGCCGAGUGGAGAGGGGACCCUUUACCCUUCCCUUGGGCAAAAAGUCAAUUUGGGCGUGGGCACAGGUGCUACUAAUAAUAGCAACGAAAACCCAAGGGAAAGGAGCGGGCCAAAACUAUGCCAAAAUCUCAUGGGUGAGAGAGAAUGGGAGCCGUGUCAGCUCUCUCGUCCAUCGCGCUUGUCCGGAUCCGGGACGACCAGAGACGGAACCCCCUUCGGCUCACCUAAGCAGAGGAGGAAUAAGUGCCGGGAAUGAUGGGGGGGCGGGAUCCAAGCCUCUUGCGGCCAAGAUCUCACCGCCCACAACACCUCAAACCACUCGACAAAGCCCGUCCAACUCCUGCAUGUCAACUCUCUCUGGACAAGACCAGUGAUCAGCUUCAUGCUCAUGCUGCGGCAUCAUGUGUCUGUAUCAGCGGGCUGGCUUCCUGGGAGUCGACGUGACGUCGAGACGACUGAUCUACACGUCGGGCUU